CAGAUGUUGUGAGGCUAACUUUCAAUCAUGCUCGCCACGAUACUGUUUGAUAAGGUUAGGUGGAAGUGUCAAAACGAACUGUCAAUGUGUUCUCAAGAGCAGCAGUUGCGGCCGAAGCUGCUCGUGUACAAAAAAAGUCUCAAGUAUCACCAUUGGUCGAAAGAAUAACGUCUUCAGAAUAUGAAAUAAACCAAAGGGCAUAUAUUUUGCAAAUACUGUAUUUUAAGAAGUAUUUCGAACACAAGACAUAAAAGAUGCAUCCAGAGUGUAAAAAGUUAGGUCUUCCACUUGAUGAGGAUCACAGUCAUUGUCAGAACUGCAUUAAAGUUAAAGAAUGCAAAGCAAAAGGACUGAGAACUGAGAAAUGUGGUAUUAUUGACUGCCCAAAUGAUUGUGGAUUUAUGUUCCACAAGUGCAAAACGUCAGAACAUUUACUAUUGUGUCUGAAUUUAAGAGUUCCUUGCAUUAAUUCUGGAAAUGGGUGCCCAUUUACCAUGCCUCGCAAAGAGAGGGGAAAACACUUGGAGACUUGCCCUGCCAGUGUCGUCGUGUGUACAGUGGAAUGGAACCGUUGGCCAACAUGCAAGAUUAAAGGACCACAUUUGCCUCGACAAUCACAUAAAUCAGGACAACUAGAUGCCGAUUUAGCCCAAAGUGAUGAGCGAGCCUUAGUAAAGUCAUUUGAAAAUCCCAUGUGGAAAAGACAGUACCGACACUGUUGUAAUAAUUUCUUCCCAGCCAUUCCUGUAUCAAAGGAGAAGGAUGGUAUUGAGCUCAUUUUCAAUGACACACAAGAUGGACUUUCAUCACAGGAGAGCUCUCCAGCUGUUCCUGUAUCGAAACAAAUUGAUUGCAAUGAAGGAACUUUUGUUGAGGCUUUAGAUGGUUCAUCUUCUCCUGAAAAAUCUAUAGGUCAGCUGAACACCAGCAGCAGCGAUGAUGUUACUGAAUUUGAGUCUGAUCAAGAGCAAUGCAGUUCUUCCACAAACAAAAGAGUCUAUAAUUUUGUGUCAAAUGAGACACCAGUUUCCAGUACAUCAUUGUCAAAUAAUAUUGAGGCAGAAGCUGUGGAGCAGCACAGUAAUGCAAAUGAAAAUGGUAUUGAUACUUUUUCAGAGAUUUCUUCAGUUGUUCUGCCUUUGUCGUUUUCAUUAAGUCUUACCAUUGAUAGACUCCCAAGAAGUCAGAGCAAACCAAUGGACAUAUACACAUUCUUAUGUGCUCAGGAGUUCAGACGAGAUGAUUAUGGUUGGCACUAUAAGAAUGUACACUGUGAUAUUCAAGGUGGAUUGGAUGGAUGGGUGGAAUAUCGUUGCCCAUUAGCACAGUAUGGCUGCACAUACAGUAUUAAAAGAUUGCACCCAUGUAAGUUGGGAGCAUCUGUGAUUCACAGUGAAGAGCUUGAAAGUUUUGGAUUCAAGGAGACUGCUAACAGCAUUGAAGAAUCACAUUCAGAUUCUGACCAACAGCAGCUGCAUUUGGCUGAACUGCCAUUUGAGUUACUGAGUCAAAUAUGCUUAUACUUGGACUCAUUCAGCUUGUGCAAUCUCUCAAAGACCUGUCGUCGCCUGAGAAGUGUAUGUUUCUCUCGUCUGAAAGAAAGAGGCAUAAUUUUGCAGCAGUGGAACAAAAUUUUAGUCAAUGGAAGAGUUUCUUGGGUGACCAGCAAAGUGAAAUGGGUAUUCAGUACUGCAUUCAGCCCUAUUGAGGGUUGGGUUCACACAAACUCAGGAAAUAUGUCUGACCAUUUACAUCACUGUGCUUAUAAUGUCAGACAUUCGUAUGAUGAGCAGUAUUAUCGAGUAAUACCACAUGAGCUAACCCGCCGAAUAGAACUAAAAUGUUCCACCCAAAACGUAACGUUAACACACAUAGAGAACGUGUGGUGAUGCAGUAACUCAGUAUAUCUUGUAUGAGAGGAAUAUGGAUAUCAUCAAACCUCGCAAGUGUGACAUCUCCAUUUAGAAGUUGGUUCAGAAGCACCAAACUUCUUUUGUGGCUUCAUUAAAGUUUUCCAUAUGUGUCCCUGUCUUUAAGCAUCUAAUGACAUGACAAGAUCAAAAGAAAAUAGUAUGACGUAUACUGAUGGAGAUGGAAAUGUGAAGACUUUUUUUCAGUACUAAGAUAACUACUGCCUACAGUAAAAGUUUAAUUAACGCA